GGUCGCACUAGUUUAUAGUCUAAGUAUUUUGUCAUCUUUUAUUCUGUACAUAGGCCAAGAAGAAAUGUACGUACCAACUUUUGCGCGUUUCUAUUUGACCCUUACGACGAUGUUGAGUAUCAAUUGCUUUGCAAAGCAGAGUGCGACACAGGAGGUAAAAUUACCCCCUGGCGUAGUCUUGAUUGAUUCUCAAAUAUGGGGAGGAAAACCAUCGUCUCCAAUUGUCGGGGGAACCAUUUCUGAACCCAACAAAUGGCCUUGGAUGGUAUUUAUUAGACUAUCGGGAAAUACACAAUGUGGUGGAUGUUUGAUAUCGUCGGAGUGGAUACUGACUGCUGCUCAUUGCUUAGAACGGCAUUCAGUUGAAGAAAUUGUAAUUGGAUCAAAUUAUAACGACGGAUCAGAUACCAACGCUAUUGUUCGAAAACUUGACCGGAAGUGCUGUCAUGAGAACUUCGAUAGAAAAUCUUGGGAGAAUGAUAUUUGUCUUGUCAAGCUAUCGUCGUCUGUCAAUUUUACUAAAAAUGUGGAAAGUAUAGAUCUACCUAGAUCAAGAUCGAAAAUGUCGGAUAAUAGUGUUUGCACAGUUUUAGGCUGGGGUUUAAACGAACAUCAGAAACUUCUUCCUGGAUUACACGAAGCGAAUGUUGCGGUUAUUAAUUUACAACAAUGUAGGGAAUGGUAUGCUCGAGACAUGGUGCAAAUUCCUGUCACACAUUUCUGUGCAGGAAACGUAUCUGGCGGCGCGGACACAUGCGCUGGGGACAGCGGUGGUCCUCUGAUUCAUAAGCAAGGCGAUAAAUACAUAUUGAGGGGAAUAACCAGUUUUGGUGCCAAAGUGUGUGGAGUGCCUGCGAGGCCCGGGGUCUACACAAGAGUCAGUCGCUACAUAUCAUGGAUAAGAAGAAAAAUGAGUCAACCCGCAUGUAUGGUUACAGAAGUAUCAUGGAGUCAAUGGGUCGAAACAUGCUCUGUUACCUGUGGUGAUGGUAUUAAAAUUAAACGACGAAGAUGUAUGGCAGAAAAAGGUCGAUCUAUAUCAACAAAUCAAUGUUCUGGAAGGUUUGUAGAUUAUGGAUCAUGCACGGAAGCAUCUUGUGAAACAGGCAAUCGUUGGGGAGCUUGGGAAACAAAGUGCAGCGUUACUUGCGGAACUGGCAUUAAAACUCAAAAACGUAAAUGCCUUGACAAGAAUAACAAUGCCGUUCCUCAAAUUUCAUGUUCUGCUGGCAAUGAUACGAAAAUUGGAAAAUGCGUUUUGCCCGCCUGCCAAACAUAUCAUUGGGGACCAUGGAGUACUAUAUGUAGUGUUACUUGUUCUGUUGGAAUCAAAACACGCACGAGGAGGUGCCUUGAUCAAAACGAUAAUCAUGUAUCUCAGACUCUGUGUACACCCGGCGAUGAUGAAGAAACUGGAGUAUGCGACCUGCCAGCUUGUUUGACAUUCAGCUGGACAUCGUGGACCACAAAAUGUAGCGUUACGUGCGGAAACGGUAUUGAAACAAGAGUCAGAGAAUGCAUGGAUUCCGAUAGAAAUGUUGCAGAUCCUAGCGAAUGUAAAGGGGAAGAUUACGUAACAGGACAAUGUAUUCUACCGGCAUGUAAAACGUAUUCGUGGGAAGACUGGGUAACAAAAUGCAGCGUGACUUGUGGAAAAGGGGUUGAGACGAGAACUAGACAAUGUAAAGAUUCUGACAAUAAAAUUGCUCUGGCAUCCAAAUGUCAUGGACAAUCGAAUAUAACAACAACGUGUGCUUUACCGCCAUGUAAAACAUAUUCUUGGGGAGAAUGGGUGACAAAAUGCAGUGUGACUUGUGGUGAAGGGGUUGAAACGAGAACCAGGCAAUGUAUAGAUUCUGACAAUAAAACUGCUACGGCGUCUAAAUGUAAUGGGAGAUCAAAUACAGUAGCAACAUGCAGUUUGUCACCUUGCGAAACUUUCAGCUGGACCGCAUGGUCAACUCAGUGUAGCGUUACGUGUGGAAAUGGUACAGGGACAAAAACCAGAAAAUGUGUGGGUUCUAAUAGUAAUGUGACAUCGAAUAACAAAUGCGAGGGAAAGGCUGAAGCAAAAGAAGAGUGCAGAUUAACUCCCUGUAUAAUUUUUUUUUUAGUCUACGUUUGGGGACCAUGGGACACGCAAUGCACAGUGACCUGUGGGGAAGGAAUCAGAUUACGAACAAGAAAGUGCUUGGACAAAAACAAAAAUAACACAUCCUCACCGUGGCUGUGUCUACCGGGUGAAGCCGAAGAUACCGGAACGUGCAAACUGUCUGCAUGUCCGACAUAUAGAUGGAGCUCAUGGCAAUCCGAAUGCAGCGUUACUUGCGGGAGAGGAAUUGAAACCAGUUCUAGAAAAUGUUUGGAUUCAAAGGACAACCAAGUAUCCACGUCAUAUUGCAGAGGUCGUAAAACAAGGAAGAAAAUUUGUACACAAGCACCCUGCAAAACGUAUUCUUGGGGAGAAUGGGUAACAACAUGCAGUGUGACUUGUGGUGAAGGGGUUGAAACGAGAACCAGACAAUGUAUAGAUUCUGACAAUAAAGCUGCCACGGCGUCUAAAUGCAACGGGGGAUCGAAUAUAGUAACAACAUGCAGUUUGUCAUCUUGCGAGACUUUCAGUUGGACCGCAUGGUCUACUCAGUGUAGCGUUACGUGUGGAAACGGUACAGAAACAAAAACCAGAGAAUGUGUGGGCUCUAAUGGUAAUGUGACUUCGGAUAACAAAUGCGAGGGAAAGGCUGAAGCAAAAGGAGAGUGCAAGUUAUCUCCAUGUAGAACAUAUUCUUGGAGUGAAUGGGCGACAAAAUGCAGCGUUACCUGUGGCGAAGGAAUCGAGACAAAAAGGAGGCAGUGCGUUGAUUCUAACAAUAAAACUGCUGCACAAUCUCAAUGUAGUGGGAAAUCGAAUAUAACAACAAAGUGCACUUUAUCGCUAUGUAAACUCUACCUUUGGGGACCAUGGGACACGCAAUGCACAGUGACCUGUGGGGAAGGAAUUCGAUUACGAACAAGAAAGUGCUUGGACAUUAACAAAAAUAUUACAUCUUCACCGUGGCUGUGUCUACCGGGCGAAGCCGAAGAUACCGGAACGUGCAAACUGUCUGCCUGUCCGACAUAUAGCUGGAGCUCAUGGCAAUCCGAAUGCAGCGUUACUUGCGGGAGAGGAAUUGAAACCAGUUCUAGAAAAUGCUUGGAUUCAAAGGACGACCAAGUAUUCACGUCAUAUUGCAGAGGUCAUAGAACGAGGAGGAAAAUUUGUACACAACCACCUUGCAAAAGGUAUCACUGGGGAUCAUGGGAUUCUAAAUGUAGCGUUACAUGUGGAAGCGGCAUCAGAAUACGAAGUAGAGAUUGCCUUGACGAAAAUGAUAAAAUCGCAAUUCGAUCCUCUUUUUGCAGUCCCGGAAAGAAUGAAGAAACAGGGAAAUGCGACCUUUCGCCAUGCCCAGUUUUCAACUGGAGUUCUUGGAAAAUUCAAUGUAGCGUUACGUGUGGCAGCGGGAUAGAAACGAGAACAAGGGAAUGUCUGGAUUCUAAUAAAUCAGUAGUAUCGACUUCCAAUUGUGUCGGGAAACCAUACGAGAAGAAAACGUGCUCAAUACAGUGUAUAACACACAGUUGGAGCACUUGGGCAACCAAAUGUAGUGUUACAUGCGGAAAGGGCAUCGAAGCUCGGACAAGAGAAUGUCGCGAUUCAGUUGGAGAGGUUGUACCAACGUCUCGAUGCAGCGGUAGAUCGAGGAGUUGGGCGACAUGCACCUUACCACGGUGUAAACAUUAUCACUGGGGUCUGUGGCACAACGAGUGUAGUGUUACCUGUGGGGCUGGUGUUAUGACAAGAACGAGAAAAUGCUUUGAUGAGGACAAUCAACCAAUGAAUAAAACGUCACUGUGUUUUCCAGGAAAUAGAGACGAAAUCGAUAAAUGUAUUCUUGCUAAAUGCGAAACAUUCAAUUGGAGUUCUUGGAACACAAAAUGCAGCGUGACAUGUGGUAAAGGUGUUGAAACAAGAACUAGAAAUUGUUUAAAUGCGGGAAACAAAAUUACGUCAGCAUCAAAUUGCGCUGGGAAAGAAAACUUGAAAUCGAUAUGUUCUUUAGCAGAUUGUCCAAUCUACAACUGGGGAGUUUGGACAAGCAAAUGCAGCGUUACAUGUGGUAAUGGCAUAGACACGAGGACAAGACAAUGUUUGGAUUCAAAGGAUAAAGUUGUAAAAAGGAAAGAAUGUGUUGGACGAUCGAUCAGAAAACAAAGAUGUAGACUACCAUCAUGUCGAGUGUAUCAUUGGAGUACAUGGACAGCCAAAUGCAGUGUCACUUGUGGCAAGGGAAUAGAAACAAGAUCAAGAAAUUGCUUGGAUUCAAAGGAUCUGAUUGUAUCUGCAACGAAAUGCGUUGGGGAAUCCAGAAAACGAUAUUCGUGCACUCGUAAUGAAUGCAUAUCAUAUAACUGGAGUGUAUGGGGAUCAAAAUGCAGUGUUACCUGUGGUACCGGAGUGGAAAGAAGAACCAGAAAAUGCUUUGAUUCAAACAAAAAACUCGUAUCUUCGGUAAAUUGUGUCGGUAAAGCAACUAUAGUAGGAUCAUGUACGAAAAAGGCCUGCGUCUCAUAUAAAUGGGGAUCGUGGAAAACGAAAUGCAGCGUAACUUGUGGAAAAGGUAUUGAAAUAAGCAAAAGAGAUUGCUUGGACUCCAACGAAGCGCCAGUUCAAGAAUCUCAAUGUGGCAAUGGUAGUCCUAUCUUGCGGCGCAGUUGCAUUCUUCCUGCAUGCAAAUCAGAGUACCAAUGGAGCACGUGGGAUGCCCUGUGUAGUGUCACAUGUGGAACUGGCGUCGAAACAAGAACACGAAAAUGUUUGGGUAACAGAGGCAAUGAUGUAUCUGCAUCAAACUGUGUCGGUAAAUCGCGACAGCUUGUUGUUUGCUAUCGGCCAUCAUGUCAAACCUAUAAAUGGGGACCGUGGAAAUCGGAUUGUAGCGUGACGUGUGGAAGGGGUAUUGACUCGGGACAAAGAGAUUGUCUCGAUUCCAAAGGAAAUUCAGUUGAUUCUUUUAGAUGUAAACCUGGAACAAAUCGCAUGAGAGGAACUUGUAACUUAGGAGCUUGCAAACAACUUUGGGGUGUUGUGUCAGAUUAUAAAUGGGUACUCGUGGACACAUCCUGCUCGGUAACGUGCGGAAACGGGCAAGAACUUAAAUUAAGAAAAUGUACAAAUUCCGCCGCAGAAACGGUCGAAGCAAGAUUGUGUUCGGGUUCAAAAUAUGAAGUGGGAAUUUGCUCUUUACAGGCAUGCCCGUCAAAAUUUUAUUCGUUGCCUUCUGUCGGUUCAUAUGAAUGGGACUCGUGGCAACCUUGGUCGAAAUGCCGAGUUGGAUCAUCGGGUAACAGAUUCAGGUCGUCCACAAGAUAUUGCUUGAAAAAUAGACAGGUCAGAUUUUGUCUCCUCUAGACAUAUUGACCCAUCCAUGUUUUAAUUUUAUUUUCAUACGAUGAAAUGACGUCAUUACACAUUGCAAAUGUUAAAUUUUAUAA